AUGUUUAGUGGAUUUGGUGGAGGCUCCAACCGCAGCAGUGCGUCCACGCAUGGGACAGCAGAACCAGCGCAGAAUACGCUUCCACAGCCUAAAAGCAAUGACAGUGGUGCCGGCAAUGGCUACUCGUUCGACCCAUCGGGUUUGGAGCGUGCCGCUAAAGCCGCUCGCGAGCUGGAGAACUCGCGUCACGCGAAAGAAGCGUUUAAUCUGGCCAAGGAGGCUGAACGCACCAAACAGUUUGAAAACCAGUCUAAAAUUAAGGAAAACGAGGCUCUCUAUAAGCAGUACGAGAUCGUGCGCGUGCAAAAGGAGGGCGAGGAGCGCCGUAAGACGCUCGAGGAGGAGACGCGCCAGCACCAACAGCGUGCGCAAUACCAAGAUCAGCUUAAGCGUAAACAGUAUGCAGAUCAGUUGGCUGCUCAGAAGUACAUGAAGGAACAGGAGUUAAAAAAACAGGAGGAGAUCCUCGCCCGUCAAGAAGCUUCGCGUCGCAAAACGCUCGACUAUGAGGCCGAGCUGCGUCAGAAAACAGAGCUUGCACGAGUGGCAGCUGAGACUGAAGGGCGCAUUAAACAGGAACGUCUCAAUCACGAUCUGCAUUUAGAAGAAGCCCGUGUGCGUGCCAAGGAAUAUCGCGAGACGGUCAUGGAAGGUAUCAAGCUGGCGGGUAACACUAUUGGUUCCGGUGUCAUGGCUUUUGUGGACGAUAAGGAAAAACUCACGGCCACUGUGGUCUCUUUGACGGCUCUGGCUGUUGGUAUUUAUACCGCCAAGGUUUCUACUAGCGUUGCAGGUAAGUACAUUGAAGCUCGAAUGGGCAAGCCGUCGCUGGUUCGAGAGACUUCGCGUCGCUCGGCUGCUCAGGUAAUCGCCAAUCCCAUUCCAUCCAUUAAGCGUGUGCUGCGUCUGCAGAAGGCGACAGAUGCGCUGGAGGGUGUCGUGCUUGAGCCUAAGCUGGACGAGCGUCUGCGUAGUGUCGCUGUGUCGACGUUUAACACGAAAAAAAAUCGCGCGCCGUUUCGCCACUUGCUGCUACACGGCCCACCCGGUACGGGUAAGACGCUGUUCGCCAAGGCUCUGGCACGUCACUCCGGCUUAGAGUAUGCCAUCCUUACGGGUGGUGAUGUUGCCCCACUUGGUCGCGAGGGUGUGACAGAGAUCCACAAGUUGUUCGACUGGGCUUCGCACAGCCGUCGCGGUCUGCUGUUGUUUGUUGAUGAAGCUGAUGCAUUCCUGCAGAAGCGUAGCAACACUGUCAUGAGUGAGGAUAUGCGCAACGCAUUAAAUGCCUUUCUGUACCGCACAGGUGAGGCCAGCGACAAGUUCAUGAUUGUGUUCGCCAGCAACCAGCCAGAACAGUUUGACUGGGCCAUUAAUGAUCGUAUCGAUGAGAUGGUGGAAUUCCGCUUGCCUGGCUAUGACGAGCGCGUACGCAUGCUGAAGCAGUACUUUGAUGACUACAUCCGGGCUCCCAAGAACUCGCGUGCCAAGAAGAUUUACGUGGAGGACAUCGAGGAGUCGGAUUUCGAGGACUUGGCCGCCCGCAUCGAGGGUUUCUCUGGUCGUGAGCUGUCGAAGCUCGUGAUUGCUUUCCAGGCCUCGGCAUACGGCUCGUCAACGUCAGUGUUUGAUAAGGAGAUGAUGAUGCAGGUUCUGGAGCAUCAUAUUACGGCGCACUCGCAGAAGGAGGCGUGGAAGCAAUACAGUACCCCCAGCGAGAAACGCGACAACAUCAAGACGAUCUUAGCGGACUAG